AUGGAGUCUUCUGGACUUUUGAGCAUCCUGGUGCUAUCCAUCCUUCUAGUGAAUGUCCGGGGUCAUGGUCUGACUGACUGGUUCUUUCACAAGAGAUGCCCCAGAAUCCAAGAUAACUGUGAAUUCAAAGAAAGGGAUGAAUGUUCGAAGGACAAAAAAUGUCCAAGACAUGAGAAGUGUUGCUUCUUCAGCUGCGGAAGAAAAUGCUUAAACCUCCAACAAGACAUAUGCAGUAUGCCCAAAGAACCUGGCCCCUGCCUGGCAUUUCUCCCUCGUUGGUGGUAUGAUAAGACAACUAAUACCUGCUCCAGCUUCAUCUAUGGCGGCUGCAAAGGAAACAAUAACAACUUCCAAUCCCAAGCCAUAUGCCAGAGCACCUGUCCCCCAAAAAGGCUCUAAUUUCUGAAUGCGUAAGGAUACCUUGGAGCCACGACCAGGAUUUGGCUCAGGACCCAAGGCUCUCUCUGUGUCCCUGACAAACGCUCCAGGCUGGCUUCCACUCCUCCACUCCCAGUGUUCCAGGGCCUUAGCUCUUCCCCAGACCGAA